CUUCCUUCUUCUCCCACCCCCUCAUUUUGUUCUCUCCCGCAGCUCUGCGCCAUGGCAAGCAAAAUCGGAGCAAUGCUUCCCCGUCCCACCAUUGCCAUUUCGCAGGGUCUCGAGGGGCGCGAUGAAGACCUUGACACUUUGACCAGCCUCUUCGAAGAAUUACAGAUGUGCUCUGCAGAUGUUGCGAACCCCGAGCUAGACCUUUUGACCUUUGCCACCAUGGCCCAGUAUUUUGGAGUCAUCACAGAAGUCCCCCCGCCCCCGCCGCCCACUGAAGAUGAAACGAAGCCUCAGAGUGUCCCAGAUUCGCCUCCGAGAAACCCUUUCCAAUCCUCAUGGGUGCCUCGCGCCCAGUGGUCCGCGGACGCCGAUUCCCCGAUGAAGACAGAGGAAAUAAACCCUGAACCCUAUGCGCUCGACGACGUAGACACUGGCGCUUAUUUUGGACCUGCUGCGCACAGAGAAGGUGGCUGUGAUCCUGGGCCACCAGAGAAUGCUAUCGGGGACUCCCUCGACGACAUGGUUGAUUUCGAUGAGUACUGUAAGAAGCCCAAGACUGCCAAUGGGACCCCUGUAGGCACCAUGCAGGCAUCCACUAGCACUACACCCUCGAGAGCAUCAUCGUUGCCCGUCCACAUCCGUUCCCCAAGCGGCAACCCAAUCAUCGGCAUCAUUUACCUGAUCAACACCCAGGAUAGCACCGACUACCUCCGUACCGGAGAGCUGAACAUUGGUGUUAUCAUCGACAAGAAAUACCGCAGGAACGGAUACGCCCUCGAUGCUGUCAGGAAGGUGCUAGACUCUGCCUUCAAAGAGCAGGAGUGCCUCCGUGUCCAAGCUGUCCUCAUCGAUGGCCCGCUCAAGCAUGCUGCUAUGACUGUGUUUAUGAAAGCUGGAUUUGGACACGAGGGAACCCGCCGUCGCGCGUUCCGCAGCCCGUACGACGCUGAACUCAAGGACGUCACGUACCUUGGCCUCUUGGCCACCGACUGGGUGAUACGCUCAGGCGUUGGAGUGCAGAACGCCAGGUUCAACGUUGCCCCUCCGACCUUGUGGGACGAGAUGUUUGCGAGGCACCAGCGCGAACGGGAGGAAUUGUUGCGAUGGGAGGAAAAGUCGUCACUGAAGCGGACGUGCUCGACCGAAACGAUUCGGGAGCUCGCGAGCCCAAGUACGCUGGAGCAGGUGGAGAGGGCCAAGCAGGAGGAGGCCACACCAGACUUGGGCUCGGGAUCGAAGGGCAAGACACCCGCUUCUCCCCCGUAUUCCUCUUCCGAUGAGUGGAAAUCACCGUUUGUCGUCCAUUCCCCUGCGACAGAGCCCAGUGAUGUUGUAUACACCGCCAAGGGUAAAGGCAUUGGCGGGAGGAGGACCAAACGAACCCGUUCUGUGCUCGAUAGUUCUGACGACUGGUCCAGGAAGAAGCCUGCUGUUUCAUUCAACGUCGACUUUGGCGCUGUCCUAUCGGAUCCGGAUCCAGUGCCUUCUUCCAUCACUCCCAGUGCCAUGCGCACGCCAUCCCACCCUUCGACUUCAGCGAGCGAGAAUUCGAAUACGGCUCAGACCGUCCAACCUCACAUGGCGAUGAGAGGCGGCAGCCCGACCCUCAGCGAGCUCUCCACCGCUGAAUCUGACCUCAGCUCGGAGUGGUCGUGGUCCUCUGCGUCUGGAUCCCAAUGGGAUAUGGUCUCCGAUAUCCAAGGCGACGAUUUCGACCUCAACUAUCAGCAGCUGAAUAUCAGGGGCGAGUCGGAGGCUAGAGAGAUCCGUUGAUCGUCGUCGUUGUCGAAGGUUGCUGGCCUCCGUGUUCUUGGCCCACUUCAAUUGAGAGUAUAUGUCCUUCUUUCUUGUACUCUAAUGAUAGCGGCUAGAAAAAGAUGCCCCAGUUCGAUGCCUC